AUGUCUCCAUGCAAAGUUCUUAUGGUGGCCGAGAAGCCAUCAUUAGCCGAUUCCCUCAGUCGAUUGUUGGCUCCAGGUGGACAGUACUCAACUCACAAGAGCACAACACCUGUUCAUGAAUGGAAGGGCACUUUUCGCAACGAGCCUGCAGAAUUCCACUUUACAUCAGUUACUGGACAUGUGUACGGUUUGGAUUUCACAAAGGAAUACAACUCUUGGGACAUUGAUCCUUUAAAGCUGUUCGACGCCAAGACGGUUAAAUCAGAAUCCAACCCCAAAAUGCGUCUUGGACAUCAUUUGCAAACAGCUGCGAAAGGCAUGGAUUACCUGGUAUUAUGGUUGGAUUGCGAUAGAGAAGGCGAAAAUAUCUGCUUUGAAGUCAUUGAGAACUGUCUGCCCUACAUGAAGCAUCCGCAGACGGGAGGCAAGAUGAAGAAUGUGUUGAGAGCCAAGUUUUCUGCCAUUACCAAGGAGGAUGUGCGUCGAGCCAUGAACAAUCUCGGCGUGCCAAAUGAGAACGAAGCAAGAGCUGUGGAUGCUCGUCAAGAACUCGAUCUCAAGGUGGGUGUUGCCUUUACCCGCUUUCAAACCAGAUUUUUUCAGGGCAAAUACGGUGAUUUGGACUCAACAGUGAUUAGUUAUGGACCUUGUCAAACACCCACUCUUUCCUUUUGUGUGGAGCGCCAUGACCGCAUCCAAGGAUUUCAACCAGAGCCCUUUUGGUCUGUAUCCACUACAAUCACCAAAUCUGAUAUGCCCAUCAAAUUAUCUUGGCUGAGAGAGCGAGUAUUUGAUAGACAGAUAGGCACUAUGUUUGUCAAUAUGGUCACGGAUGCAAAAUCAUCAGGUGCAAAAGUCUUGAGAAUCAGCGUACAGAAAAAGUCAAAACCCAGACCUCAUGCCCUGAAUACUGUAGAAAUGCUCAAGCACUGUUCCUCUGGACUGGGUAUUAGUCCAAGUGAGUGUAUGAGCAUAGCGGAACGUCUUUAUACACAGGGUUACAUCUCCUAUCCUCGUACCGAGACAUCAAAGUACCCUGAAAACUUUGAUUUGAACGGUGUGCUUCGAGAACAAGCAAAUCAUCCAGAAUGGGGCCAUUUUUGUAAAGAUCUGUUGAAUAAUGGGUACGAAAGACCCUCAGGAGGAACUGACAGCGGCGAUCACCCUCCCAUCACACCAACAUGUCUUGCACGAGAAGGUGAACUAGGCGGCGACUCAUGGCGAUUAUACGAUUUUAUCGUGCGUACCUUCAUCGGUUCCAUUAGUUCUGGUCUGAAGUAUACGACCACCAAUGUAAUAUUUGGCAUUGGCAGCGAAGAGUUUGAAUGCAAAGGAACCAAGGUUACUUCACCUGGUUUUUCAUCUGUGAUGCAUUGGAUUACAAAGGCAGACGAGUAUGUUCCCGAUUUCAAGCAAGGAGAGGUGUUGCCUGUUACUUCUGUUAAUCUGACCGAAGGAAAGACAAGUCCACCAGACUAUCUGACAGAAGCUGAACUCAUUGGUUUGAUGGAGCACAAUGGUAUUGGCACAGAUGCCUCUAUCCCCACUCACAUCAACAAUAUCUGUCAGAGGAAUUAUGUGCAAGUGUCUGGAGCAGGAAGAAAGCUUAUCCCUACAAAUCUUGGCAUUGUACUCAUUCACGGCUACCGUAUGUAG